CGGGGCUCCGUACCCGGAAGCUGGCGGCGUCCGGUCCCAGCCUUCUCUGGGAGCCGGCAGUUAGCGACUCUCCGCUGAACCGCGCCCCUCCGUCUCGAGCCUCCGCGCUCUCUGAGGGUGCCCGGACAGAUUGGAGCCAUGGCCAUUCUUUUUGCUGUUGUUGCCAGGGGAACCACUAUCCUUGCCAAACAUGCUUGGUGUGGUGGAAACUUCCUGGAGGUGACAGAGCAGAUUCUGGCUAAGAUACCUUCUGAAAAUAACAAACUAACGUACUCUCAUGGCAGUUAUUUGUUUCAUUACAUCUGCCAAGACAGGAUUGUAUACCUUUGUAUCACUGAUGAUGAUUUUGAACGUUCCCGAGCCUUUAAUUUUCUGAAUGAGAUAAAGAAGAGGUUCCAGACUACAUACGGUUCAAGAGCACAGACAGCACUCCCAUAUGCCAUGAAUAGUGAGUUCUCAAGUGUCUUGGCUGCACAGCUGAAGCAUCACUCUGAAAAUAAGGGCCUAGACAAAGUGAUGGAGACUCAAGCCCAAGUGGAUGAACUGAAAGGAAUCAUGGUCAGAAACAUAGAUCUGGUAGCUCAGCGAGGAGAAAGAUUGGAAUUAUUGAUAGAUAAAACAGAAAAUCUCGUGGAUUCGUCUGUCACCUUCAAAACAACCAGCAGAAAUCUUGCCCGAGCCAUGUGUAUGAAGAAUCUCAAGCUCACUAUUAUCAUCAUCAUCGUAUCAAUUGUGUUCAUUUAUAUCAUCGUGUCACCUCUCUGUGGUGGAUUUACAUGGCCAAGCUGUGUGAAGAAAUAAAAAGUUAUCAUCAACCAAGAAUAUGCGAGAACAAAAAGUUGAAAGCUCCACGCGAUUUAAGCCUUUUAAUACUGACAGAUGGUGUCUGCCAGCCUCUUCAACUCUCCUCUUUUUCUGUUUAUAAUCUUGUUCUAUGCAUCCAGAUUGAUCUUUGUCCUGUCAACCAAUUUAUUCCAAUAUACUUCAGAUUGAACCAUUUAUUGUAACAGUAGCCUUAAUGGGCUUUUUGUUUUGUUUCUUUGGUUAACUACUGUCAUCUACUUAAAAAAAAUUUUUGUCUGUGAUUGCACAAAGCUAUCACCAGGGUGGAAAGCACCCAUCUUAUGAGCUGUCUACUAUAGCUAUAGAUGAGUUUCGUAUGUGCACACAAAAGUAUUCAAGAGACAGAUAGUAUUGCUAACAUCUCAUCGUUGUUUUUUUGUCCUUGAAGAGUUUUAGGUGCUUCAAAACUAUAAAUGGAGAGGCAUUGUUAUUUGGGGAAUUGUAAUUAAACUGUUGGUGCUGCUUGCUCCUAGGAGCCCAAGCAGGUGAAGUAUUGGACGUUUUACCUCAGUCAGAUGGAGAACAGUUUGCUAGCCCAUUAGAAGUGCACGGAGUUAUCUUUGGCCUCCUAAUAUUCACUUUCAAGAAGAAAGUUUUACCAUUUACAAACCUCACAGAGCUUGAUAUUCUGUUUCCCCACUGCAGUUGAUUUGAGAAGAGGAUGGUUUAAAUGUUAUUGAAGGUUAUGGUUCUUUAUAUAUUUUUCUCAGUUGAUAUUUAGGGCAAUUGUAUAGUUAAUGGAGUAUGUUGUGGAGGGAGUGGGGAGGCAAAUUCCCCUGCCUCGCCAAAGAAAAAGAAAACCACAGCGAAUAUGCUGGCGUUUUUGCUGUAUGAAGGGAGGUAGUGGGGGAAUUUUUUUCCAGUCUGGGAAAAUCCCAAACAAUAUAAUCAACAGUCAACUCCAGGGUUUGGGUUCGACUGCUAUUGAAUAAUAGUCUGAACUUCCUUUGUGGUUUAAGAAGUUCUUUAACUGCCUGGUUUUGAAUAAUUCUUUUGUGAAACGAGGGCAGGCAGUAUGAUGUAUCGAAACAAUGCAAGACAGUUUAACAUUCAUUUAAAUGCACUGUAGCAAAACUGGAGUGUAGUCAUACUGCUUUGGCUAGUCUGGCAUCUGUUAGCUAGUACGUACGUACCUUUAAUGUGUAUCUGAAGGGACAUUUGCUGCCCUCGAUCUAAAUGCAUUUAUUUAUCAAUAAGUGCCAGUAAAUGGAAAUUAAAUUACAUUUGACUAUUUUCCCAAUGAAAGAACAAAUUAUUCAAUAAAACCCAGCCACCUGUUUAGCCUAGUCAUGUGCCUUGAAUAUAUAUAUGUCACAUAAUCUGGCUCAUGCUACCUGUUUUGUAGUCUAAACCGUUUGAUUCAUGCUACCAGAUUCAUUUAUUUGAUGUGUGCUUUAGGUCCACUGGAACACUUUUCCUGGUGAUCAGGCAUAGCGCAAAUGUUUUUUUCCCCAAAUGUUCUGUUUAUCAACACUAAUGCCUUUUAAUUACAUCAGCAUUUCCUAUUGAGAAACACAUAUGUUCCAGGAAAACAGCUGGCAUUCCUGAGUAAUAAGUUCCAAAUAUCUUUAAUCCAAAGAAAAAGACUUAAAAUUUAUUUCCCUUUCUUAUACACGACUGAAAAGAACUGAUGUGCAUGUUUUAGGGAUAAAUUCCUCAACAGUCCCUUGAUCUGUUUAUGUAUAAGAACGCUUUAUAAAGCACAUAUCUUGUUUUAAAUGAUGCACAAACUGAAGGCAUUAAUAAAGUUUAAGAGUAAUAUGA